GAAAAAUGAGUUGGACAAUUAUUAUCUCAAGCAUCAAUCCAACGGUCUGCAUUCACCCAAAACCCGAAAUACGAUUCCCCCAAAAGAUCUCCUUCAGUUCCCGAGGCCGAUUCGGGCCCUGCGGCACGGCCCAAACAAUGUACCAAGUGCUGGGAAUUGCAGAGAACGUGAGCAACUUUUCCGACAUAAAAAAAGCUUACAAACAGAUGGCAAGAAAGUACCAUCCCGACGUUUCCCCACCGGACAGAGUGGACGACUACACCAGGAGAUUUAUCAUGGUACAUGAGGCCUACCAAACGCUGUCUAAUCCGCAGACUAGAGCUCAUUACGACACAGAAUUAGCCUUCGGCUGUGCUUUUCCUUCUCAUCCAAGGAACCAUCAGGUAAAGGAGUGGAGAAGUGGAUGGCGGUCACAAUUGGACGAAUUGCAGCGACGUGACUGUAGGGAGAGGUCGACGUGGGGAUCUCGAAUGCGAAAAUGCUACUAACUGUUUUCUCAAAUAGAUAUGCUGAUUGUAAAAUCUAGACGUUAGAAUAGAUUUUCAACUUUGUGAGAAUUGAUGGAAAACAGGAGUAAUAAAGAGUAAAGUUUAUUUUUUUAUCCA